AAAGAUGGACUGUCCUUUUAUUGUCCCGCCGGUUCAACUGGGGGAAAGAGACGGACUUUAGGAGCGGACAGAGCAGAGGCACCUUCAGGGAAAUAAGAUCGUCAACUUUUUAAGGAUUGUGGAGGACAUUUAUCGUCCCAUCGUGUCUGACUUUCCUCGGGAGCUGCGCGGGGUGGGGGACGCACACCAAUGUGAUCGGGGCUCAGAGACCCUCAGGUGCAGAGAAACAAAGCUGGCGCUGCUCUUAGGAUGCAGAAGUCACCGGUGGAAGAUGCGAACUUCCUCUCCAGAUUUGUCUUUUGGUGGAUUACACCACUGUUGAGGAAAGGUUUCACUAAAAAGUUAGAGCUGACCGACGUGUACAAGGCUCCUUCUUUUGACCUGGCAGACACCCUCUCCGAGAGACUCGAAAGGGAAUGGGACAAAGAGGUGGUGUUAGCCAAAGGCAGGCCCAAGCUCCUGAAAGCACUGGCCCGAUGCUUCUUCCUCCCGUUUGCCUUCUUCGGUGUCCUCCUCUACCUCGGGGAGGCGUCCAAGACUGUGCAGCCUCAGCUUUCAGGUCGCAUCAUUGCUUCCUUCGACCCCUUCCAUGCUGCGGAGCGAAGUCAGGGAUACUAUUUGGCCCUGGGGCUCGGCCUCCUGUUCACCGCUCGCUUCAUCCUGCUGCAGCCCGCUAUCUAUGGCCUGCAUCACCUUGGCAUGCAGAUUCGCAUUGCUCUUUUCAGCCUUAUAUAUAAAAAGACACUUAAGUUGUCCAGUAAGGUUUUGGACAAGAUCAGCACCGGGCAGCUCGUCAGUCUGAUGUCUGCCCACCUCAACAAGCUGGAUGAGAGCCUGGGUCUAGCGCACUUUGUGUGGAUCACACCUCUGCAGUGUAUAUUGUGUACUGGUUUGAUCUGGGAGCUGAUUGAGGUGAACGGCUUCUGUGCCCUGGCAUCUCUGACUCUUCUUGGCAUUCUCCAAGCUUGGCUCUCUCUGAAGAUGGGCCCUCCCCGGGCACAGCGUGCUGGGCUGAUAAACCGACGUCUGGCUCUUACUUCUGAGAUUGUGGAGAACAUUCACUCUGUGAAGGCGUAUGGCUGGGAGGAAGUGAUGGAAACUAUUAUCAAAAACAUUAGACAGGAUGAAAUGACUCUCACCAGGAAGAUCGGCUCUCUGCGUAACGGCAUUAUAUUGCGGCGAAUCUUCACCACGGCGUCAUACUGCGUAGUGUUACGUAUGACGCUCACCCGCCAGCUGCCAGGCUCCAUCCAGAUGUGGUACGACACGUUGGCAUUGGUCACAAAGAUCGAGGAUUUCCUGCUGAAGGAAGAAUACAAAGUAAUGGAUUAUAGCCUGACCACAGUUGGACUAGAGCUAAUCAAUGUUUCAUCAUCCUGGGAUGAGGGGAUUGUUGAGCUCUUUGAGAAGAUCAAGCGGGAAAACAAAGCCAAUGGACAACUUACCGGUGAUGACGGACUGUUCUUCACUAACUUGUACGUCACCCCUGUCCUCAAAAACAUCAACCUACGCUUAGAGGAAGGCAUGAUGCUGGCAGUGGCUGGAUCUACCGGAUCAGGAAAGAGUUCCCUGCUCAUGAUGAUCCUGGGGGAGUUGGUGCCAUCAGAGGGUAAAAUCAGACACAGUGGUCGGAUUUCGUAUUCACCACAAACUUCUUGGAUAAUGCCAGGGACCAUUCGCGACAACAUCCUUUUCGGACUGACCUAUGACGAAUUUCGCUACACUUCCAUUAUUAGGGCCUGCCAGCUGGAAGAGGAUUUAGACCUGCUGCCUGAGAAGGACAAGACGGCGAUUGCUGAAGGCGGAGUUACCCUCAGUGGGGGUCAAAGAGCAAGGAUCUGCCUCGCCAGGGCCGUAUAUAAGGAUGCAGACCUGUACCUGCUCGACGCACCUUUCACCCACCUGGACAUUGCAACAGAGAAAGAGAUCUUUGACAAAUGUGUCUGUAAACUCAUCGCCUCCAAGACUCGCGUUGUGGUCACCAGCAAGUUGGAGCAUCUCAAACGGGCGGACAGAAUCCUUCUGUUGCACAACGGAGACUGCUACUUCUACGGCACCUUCUCAGAGCUGCAGGCCCAGCGGCCAGACUUUAGCUCCCUCCUGCUUGGGCUUGGAUCUUAUGACAACAUCAGUGCAGAGCGCCGCAGCUCUAUCCUCACAGAAACCCUUCGCAGAGUCUCAGUGGAUGAAACGGCUGGUUUCCGAGGCCACGACCCCAAUCGGCAGUCCUUCCGCCAUGAGCCAUUUCAUAGCCACGCUAUGGGCGAUGGCUACCCUGAAAAACGCAAGCCGUCCCUCAUCCUUAACCCUCUUGCAGCCGCCCGCAAAUUCUCAUUCAUCGGUAACUCCCAGUCGACAAAUAAUUUCCCAUCCUCAGCUAUAGAAGACGGAGGACACGAACUUUCAGAUAGAAGAUUCUCUGUAGUACCUGAGGAUGAUCAGGUGGAAGAGGCGCUUCCUCGGAGCAACCUGUAUCACCAUGUGCUACAGCACCUCAACGGCAGGCGCCAGUCGGUUCUGGCGUUCAUCACCAACGCUCAGGGCCAGGAGCGCAGAGAGCAGAUGCAGUCUUCCUUUAGGAAAAAGCUGUCCAUCACCCCGCAGUGUAACCUGGCAUCCGAGCUGGACAUCUACGCCCGACGCUUGUCCAAGGACAGUGUUUUUGACAUCAGUGAGGAAGUGGAUGAAGAAGACAUGGAAGAAUGCUUUGCAGAUGACCGUGAGGACAUCUUCGAAACUACCUCAUGGAGUACUUAUCUUCGAUAUGUUUCCACCAACAGAAGUUUGAUCUAUGUCUUGAUUUUCAUUUUGAUUGUCUUUGCCAUUGAGGUUGCCGGUUGUGUCAUUGGGAUUUUUCUCAUUACUUCUGAGAUAUGGAGGGAUGGCGCCAACCCUAACUCCCCCAACUACAUCGAUGAGCAGCACCCGAACGCCUCUUCGACUCCUGUCCACCUUGCAGUCAUAGUCACACCAACCAGCACCUACUACAUCAUCUACAUCUUCUUUGCUCACUCAGAUAGCAUACUGGCCCUUGGAGUCUUUAGGGGUCUCCCUUUAGUCCACACGUUGCUCACUGUGUCUAAAAGACUUCACGAACAGAUGCUUAGCUCUGUGCUACGGGCCCCUAUGUCUGUUCUCAACACCAUGAAAACAGGCCGGAUAAUGAACAGAUUCACCAAAGACAUGGCCGUCAUUGAUGACAUGCUACCACUAGUGCUUUUUGACCUCAUACAGUUAACUUUACUCGUCAUCGGAUGCAUCUUCACGGUGUCCAUCAUGAGACCAUACAUCUUCAUAUCUGCAAUCCCGCUGGCUGUGAUCUUUGUGGUCAUGAGGAAGUACUUCUUACGAACCGGACAGCAGCUCAAACAACUAGAGGCUGAAGCCCGUAGUCCCAUCUUCUCUCACCUCAUCAUCUCGCUGAAGGGUUUAUGGACAAUCCGAGCCUUUGGACGUCAGACUUACUUCGAGACGCUCUUCCACAAAGCUCUGAACACCCACACAGCCACCUGGUUCCACUACCUGUCCACGCUGAGAUGGUUCCUGUUCCGCUGCGACGUCAUCUUUGUGCUGUUCUUCACCGCCGCUGCCUUCAUUGCUGUCGGAACCAACCAGGACAGACCAGGCGAGAUCGGCAUCAUUGUGGCCCUAGCCAUGCUGAUCCUGGGCACUUUCCAAUGGGCUAUCAUCACCAGUAUCAAUGUGGACGGUCUGAUGCGUUCGGUGGAUCGGGUGUUCAAAUUCAUCGACUUGGCAUCGGAAGAGACGCUCCAGGGAAAAUCUGGAGGGAAAGGAGGCCCCGACCUGGUCAUCAACAACCUCAGUACUCACAGCUACUGGCCUAACCGGGGCCAGCUGGAAGUGCAGGGCCUGACUGUUAAAUACACGGAGGCUGGGCGCGCCGUGCUCAACGACAUCUCCUUCUCUGUGGAUGGUGGCCAGAGCGUGGGCCUGCUGGGUCGAACAGGUUCUGGGAAGAGCACCCUGCUGUCCGCUCUGCUGGGCCUCAACUACACGGAAGGGGAAAUGUUUAUCGACGGGGUUUCUUCCAGCUCCAUGCCGCUGCAAGCAUGGAGGAAAGCCUUCGGAGUGGUGCCGCAGAAAGUCUUCAUUCUGACUGGAACCUUCCGGAUGAACCUGGACCCGUACGGGCGCUACAGUGACGAUGAGCUGUGGCGGGUGGCCGAGGAGGUUGGCUUGAAGUCUGUCAUCGAGCAGUUCCCAGACAAGCUGGACUUUGAGCUAAAGGACGGAGGCAGUGUGCUGAGCAAUGGGCACAAACAGCUGAUGUGUCUCGCCCGCUCCAUCCUCAGCAAGGCCCGCAUUCUGCUGCUGGACGAGCCGUCCUCCUACCUGGACCCCAUAACACUGCAGGUCCUGAGAAAGACGCUGAAGCAGUCGUUUUCUGGCUGCACCGUCAUCCUAUCAGAACAUAAAGUGGAGCCGCUGCUGGAGUGCCAGUCAUUCCUGAUGAUAGAGAAGAGCUCUGUAAAAAGCUACGACUCCAUUCAGAAGCUCAUGAACGAGAUGAGCCACCUGAAGCAGGCCAUCAGCCCCGCCGACCGGCUCCACCUCUUCCCCACACCCCACCGCCUGAACUCCAUCAAGAGGCCUCAGCCGCAGACCACCAAGAUCUCCUCCCUGCCGGAAGAAGCCGAGGACGAAAUCCAGGACACGCGGCUUUAAGCAGCCAGCUCCACACCAACACACAAAACCAAGACUUUGAUCAAGUGAUCGGAUGAUAAUAAGUCCUCGUUGUCUGAAUUAGCUGUAAAGAGCAAAAGGAUCCUUGGCAUUCAGCUGCUGUAGAAGCGGAUUUGUAUUGAAUCAACUUAAAAGAGAAUUUAGAAGAGCAAAGGCAACAAAACAGAAACAUUUAUUUUUACAUUUUUUAAGUGAAGCUACACAUUUAAAUAGUAUAUUGUUUAAGAGAUAUAAAGACGUUUUUGUUUUACAGAUGACACCCUGCAAAGGAUUCUUCUACCCCUUUAAAAACGAGUUUUCCUGAGAGAAGCGCAGUUCCUUCACUGUGAGAAAUAAAAAUAACCUGAACACCCCGUCUAAAAUAUUAGCAUCUCAAAUUUCUCAGUUAUCUCAGAAUCUCAGUUUUUAAACUCAUUUUCAAUUCAAAAUGGACUGCUAAGCAUUUCUAACUUCGUAUCAAUGCUCCAUCUCCCCCUCAUGAUCAAACCGACUGUGCCUGAACUUAAUGAUUGGUUCUGAUUAUUGCUUUUUUAUCUGGCACUGCAUCCAGCCUAAAUCGGAUCUUUCAGACCUGCUCUGAAGACCUUGAGAGCAAUAAUAUUCAAGGAGAGGCAGCCAGCAUGGUACGAAACACCUGGAAGUAAGGCUAGGAAGCCUUGCAUGAUGUCACGAUCUGUUGUUGAGUAAGAGACAAUCGAUAUGAGUGGAUGUGCAGCAGGAAGGGCUCGUCUGUAAUGAACCAAUCAGAGUUGUGAAAGUGAAGUGUGGGUGGAAAUGCUUCAUGUCAUUCUUUGUAAGUAGCAGGUUUCAAACACACAACUAGAUCAUAGAUUCUCCAACUUCAACUAUAUUUGCCCAGAAAAACCAAGCGUGGUUCGGUCUUUUCUAUUUCUCCCCGUGUGUUGUCUGGAAAAACAUGCAUGACCUAGUGGAGAUCAACUUGAACUUCUUUUAUUUAUUUUAUUUUCUAUCUUUGAUUUCUUCACUAGCUUUACAUUUCCAAAGUGCAGCUAACAAAAAAAAAAAAAAAAAAAAAACAGGAAACAGGACCCUGUUUCAGGUGGGUUUACCUGCAGCCCCGCAGACAGGCAGGAACCGGCUGUUAUCUUCACACCAACUCAGCCGGGAUUCUUCCUGCUUUAUGCAGACCCUCUCAAGAAGACUUCAGGAAUAUUUUUUACGCCGCUAUUUUGUAGUCGUUGUUCUCGCUGGCAGCCAUGCAACCCCAGUGUACACUGAUCAGCCAUAACAUUAUGACCAGACAUAGGUGAAAUGGAAAUACCGCUCAUGUUGCCUUAACGCAAAAAGAUUUGCAUUGAGGAGGGUAAAGCCACAUUCAUCCGACUCAUUUAUGGUGUGUUUAAAUUUUUGAUCACCAUUUAAUACAUUUGGCUCCUGAUAUAUAAGCCACUGACUUCAUAUUUAGCUGCUUCUUCUGGUAUAUUUUUUUUUCCUGCUUCAGGUUUUUCCAACUCUAGCUCAUCUGCCCCUAAAGCGAGCAGGUACAUGCUGCUAAUUUAGACUCUUAAAGCUGUGUUUGCUAAAUAAUGAAUGAACUGGUGAGGGCGGCCGGAGCGCAGAAACGCGUCCCACUGGGAUGUGGUUAGCGUUCCUAACACCAUGCGGCAGAGCUGGACAGAAACAGAAAAUAAGUAACUGCACUCAGUGGAGCGUGAUCAGAGUGUAACCUCACCUCACACGUUUCACACGGAACCGUUUUCUGAUUAUCUACGUCCGGACCUUCAAUUAAUCUCCCUGACCCGAUAAGUAGCCUUGCUGCUGUCAGCACACACACACACACACACACACACACACACACACACACACACACACACACACACACACACACACACGUCACCGUGGCAUGAUGUUGUUGACUGAUGCGAGUAAGGAGCGAUGACUCAAGCGCCCCUAUUUUCCUGUUUCUAUGCACUUUACAGACACCCUGAGGUACUCCCUUCAGCUCUCACAGUGAACCAUGAGUCCCAGUUGGUUUUUGAUUAAUCAAAUCCUUUCAGUAAUUCCAAGCUUAAAGUUUGAACUUCUGUUAUUAGCCAAUGUGUCGUGUUAGCCGUGUAGAUUUU